AUGGAUUUAAGAGGGGGAAAGAAGGUUGGAUUAGAGGAGAAACGAUUUGAGGAAGUGGAAGAGGUUGAAAAAGGAGAUAUGACUGAACAAAAUGUAAAUAAUAGCGUUGGUGUUGGUUAUUACUCAUCGUACGGAAAAGACUUUGUGAUCGUCCAAAACAACAGAGGAAAUCCCACUGCGAUUUUGGACGGAUGUCGUUAUAGAAAAUAUCGAACGAACAAUAAUUGCGUCAUUACGUGGAUAUGCAACAAACAGAGGUCGCGCAAAUGCAAGGGCAGAAUGAAAUCGUUAGAAGGAAAAGUCGUUUCGAUAAGACCUCAUACGUGUUUGAUGAAACCUUAA